AUGUCACCCGACGCAGAGAACAUCUCCUCUUCGCAUUCUUGUCGUCCGAUAGUCGUCCUUGGAGCGGGCGUGAUAGGGCUUACGAUCGCACAUGUUCUAUCCGAUGACCCCUUGAAUAAGGUCACGGUUGUUGCUCGGGAGUUAUCUGAUGAACACCUGCUCUCGCAAGGCUGGUCGAGCCCCUGGGCUGGAGCGAACUGGUCGCCGUUGGGAGCUUUCGAUGAGAGGAAGCUUAAGUGGGAGAAAGAGACGUUUGAGAAGUUAUGGUCGUUGAUUUCUUCUGGACUAGUCAUGGAACUCCCGUCCCGCCUGUUCUACACAAGUAUAGAAGCAUUCACCAAAGAACCCUUGUGGAGAGAAAUUGUCCGCGAUUUCCGUGUGAUACCAGAAGCAGACUUGCCUGAAGGGUUCAAAGCUGGAUUGGGAUUCUCUACCGUCUCGUUGAGACCAGACACGUACAUGAAAUGGCUCAAAGAUGAGCUAGUCAACAGAGGUGUCGUUUUUAUACACAAGCAUGUUGUUAGCGUUGAAGAAGCAGCUGCUCUUGGUGGGGAGGAAAGCAUUGUUAUUAAUGCAACGGGUUUAGGUUGCAUAGAUCCUCCUCAUGUAGGCUCCAAAUCGCUCCUUGGAGUCGAAGACAAGGGCGUCUACCCGAUUCGCGGCCAGACAAUCCUAGUCGAUGCACCGCACGUCAAAGAGUUCCUCGCCAUCUACGGGUCGCAGGUCUCAAAGGCGCCCAAUGAAUCGACGUAUAUCAUCCCGAGGCCCGACGGAACAUGUAUCCUAGGCGGAACGUUCGAGGAAGACAACUACGACCCUGCUGUUGACCAUAGAAAAGCAAAUAGCAUCUAUGAACGGUGCACAGCAAUUGAACCUGGCCUUCAAGUUUCACGAGGUACGAAGAUUCUGAGUCUUAAUGUUGGGUUCCGGCCGGCGCGACGUGGAGGACCUCGUGUGGAGCUUGAGAACGUUCAGCUACCGUUAGCGAACGAGCUGGUUCCGCAUUAUGUGGCAGAAACGAGAGUUCAAAGAGAAUUGAAGGUGAUCCAUGCCUAUGGUCUUGGGCCGGCGGGUUAUCAAGAUUCUUGGGGAGUUGCUGCAGAAGUGGCAGAUAUAUUAUCGAGAAUUUUAGGUACUUAA